AUGAUUCCGUGCAGCAAGCUGCGCCGCCUGACGCACAGCGACGCCGGAAACAGGCAUACGGACUGGGCGUCGCUGGACCAGGAUCUAGUGGAACUCGUCGGGUUUCGGGUACUUGCCGGCGAUCUGCAGGACUACGUCUGGUUCCGCGCCGUCUGCUCCCACUGGCGCGCAAGCACCGUCCGCCCCUGCGGCCGCGGCGUCUUGGACCCGCGUUUCUACCCGCGCCGAUGGAUGAUGCUGCCGGAGGGCCACGGCCUCCACCCCGGACAUCCCGACCUCGGCGGCUUCGUGCGCUUCUUCAACCUCGACACGGGUGCCUUCGCCCGAGCCCACCUCCCGCUACUGGUCGAUCACGUCAUCCUCGACUCGGUCGACGGUCUCCUCCUGCUGCACCACAACGACGACACCACCAUCCGCCUCCUCCACCCCUUCACUGGCGAUGUCGCCGAGUUCCCGCCGCUGGCAUCGCUCCUGCCACAGAUGGAGCGAAGCAGCUACAAUGAGCGAACCAAGCGCUACAUGCUCAUGAAAGUUUGCGCCUCAGUUACUGUCAGCUCCUCUGGGGCCAUCACUCUCGUGCUUGCCCUUGACCUCCUGCAUCGCGUAGCCUAUGCCACUGCCGGUGACCAAAGCUGGAGCCUCUCUGCCUGGAAGCUCAAGCCUUUUCUCAAACCUGUAUCUUUCCAAGGCAAACUCUACGCGUUGCAGCUGACAUCCGUGGACAUAGGUAAGCUAUACAUUUACCAAUUUAACCCGCCAUGCCCAGACAGCGGCGACGGACAGUCACGUCUGCCAUUGCCAGUGAAGAUUGCCGAAUGCCCAAAGCACAAAAUUUGUUUCGUCCUCCACUUUGUAGAAUGUUGUUCAGAACUCUUGCUAGUUUCUUACAAUGAUGUUUCCCGUUCGAAGCUACUGGUCUACAGACUUGCUGACCUUGUUAGUGGAAAGAUUGAGCCAUUAACAGACAUCGGAGACCACACCUUGUUCAUCGGCGAUCGUUCUCUCUGUGUCUCACUCUCACCUAACAAGGGGAGUAGGACUAGGAGCUUUACUUCCAUGUCGCCGAACUCUAUCAUAUGCAUGCAUACUUUUAGUGAUCCUUAUUCUGAAUUCGCUCGUUUUGAGCAAUAUGAUCUAAGUACUGGCAACUGGACCCCAGCCAGCGACGGAGAUGUUUUCCAAAGACCACCACCUAGCCCCCAUACACUAAUCCAUCAUAUCUUUACUUCCUGUAAAUACAGCUUUUGGAAGUACAUGGCGGCAUGGCGCCGCCGCGACGACCGACAUAAGCCGCCCUUUGACUCUCCGCCGUUCUGUCGUACUCAGAAAGAACCUGUGCCAGUUUCCACGACGAAUCUCGUGACGGACCUGAUGCUAGUUUUAAACUGCCACGCAGUAAUAUAUUAUUAUACCUUUCUUUAUGACUCCGGCGGCAUGCAUGCACAGGAGGUCAACGGUCGAGGUUUGCCUGCCCGCGGCAGCGACGUCGCCUGCUGCGCGGCUGCGCGUAUCCGGUCGCGGAUCGUGAUGAGGUCGCCGGCCGGCCUCUACUAG